AGCUUUCAUUUCAAAAACAGACACACUUGUGACUCUGAGGAAGAAACGUCCUCUAUCUGAAUAACUUUAGCAGCUGCGUUGUUGAUGUUGUUCACACAUUCAAUCUGAUUUUGACUUAAAGUUUAAUAAGGAAGUUUUAAGGUUGUAAUUAAAAGUGUAAUCAUGGACCUGUCGGGCCUGUGUCGAACAGGCUUCACGGUGCUCCGGCAGAUAGAGCCGGUUAUUGUGCUCGAGCAGCUGGGCAGCACUCUCUUCGACACCGCCCUGCAGAUGGUGGUCAAGGACCGGAGUGUCAACGCCACCUACCCGGAUGCCCACCUGUCCCGGGAGGGCAGCCAGCAGAAAGCCAUGACGGACUUCUACAUGGUCUACAACCUCAUCAUCCGGCUGGUUCCGAUCCUCCCUGCGCUGCUCCUGGCCAGGUUAGGCGACCGCGGCUGGAGGAGAGCCCCCAUCGUGGUGCCCCUGAGCGGGUACCUGCUGUCCAGGCUCGCCCUGCUCCUGGUGGUCGUCUUUCGGCUCCCGUUGGAGGUGAUGUUCGGCGCGGCGGUUGUCUUCGGGCUGUUCGGCGGCUUCUGCGCCUACUGGCCAGGCGUGAUGACCCUGGCCUCGCUCGGCUCCAAUGCCACUGACCGGUCUAAGGUGAUGAUGAAAGUGGAGCUGCUGUAUGGGGCAGCAGGUCUGGUGGGCAGCCUGGUGUCGGGUCAUAUGUUCCUGCUGUACAGCUUCAGUUUGGAACAUGGGACCAUCCUGCUCACUGUGAGCGCACUGCUGCACCUGCUCUGCCUCAUACACUCCAUAUUCCUGCUGCAGGUGAAACAAGUACCUAACACAGAGCCAGAGGACAAUUGCCACCUCAUUCCUCCCGCCUCCAGUGAAGCACCUGCGGAGGCUCCUCUUGGGGAAAACAUGGUGAAUGUGGUUCUGCUGUUUGCAGCUGCUAUAUUGUACAACUCUGCAGUGGGUGGAGCCAUAGAAAUACUGGGCAGUUUUGUGCUGAAAGAGCCACUCAACUGGAGCGCCACUCAGGUGGGUUAUGGGAACGCAGCAGGCUGCAUGAUUUUUCUCACCAGUUUUGUCGGCGUCAUGGUGUUUCGUCGCUGCGUCAGCGACGUGAUGCUCAUCCUGAUCGGCAUGCUGUCGUUCGCCUCGGGAAUUUACUUCAUGUCCUUUGUGACGGCCACCUACAUGUUCUACCUCGCUCGCUCACUCAAUCUGUUUGCUCUCAUCCCGAUGCCCACCAUCAGAUCCCUGCUCUCACAGCAGGUUCCAGCAUCCUCGUGUGGCACCACUCUCACCUUCCUGCAGUUUGCUCUGAAGAUUGCCGGUCUGGCGUACAUCCCCGCCUUUACCAAGAUCUAUCAGGGAACCCUGGGCUGGUUCCCAGGCUUCGUCUUCACGCUCUCCAGCAUCAUUACAGUACUGGGAAUGAUACCCAUCAGUAUCGUCUGCUGCAGAACAGCUCAGACGCGACAGUACAUGAGGAUUCAGGGUAACUGAGGGCGAAGACGUCAGCGCCAGCAGUGAGUUAGUGUUGGUACGAGGCAGACGGGAAGCGAGACUUGAAACGGGCCAAAAGGAGAACGGUGCCUUUAAUCUCACUUCCUAUAACGGUAAACAUUUAGAGACUGCAGGAGAGGAGUUGUGGCAGGCUUUGGCAGGAGGAACAGACAGCAGGAUGGACAAAAAAGUUUAGAACGAUUGGACUUUUGACAGAGAUACGGGCAAACGUUAUCAACCAAUAGGAUUCAUCAGCCAGUGCCACGUCGUCAACAACACACCCAACAUAUUAAUAAUCGGUGAUUUCAACAUAAUGUCGAUUUUUCAUUGAAAUGUGUCAGACAUUGAAAAGUGAUAUUUUAAAUCACCUUUAUUUCAGGUUUUUUUCAAGUGUUUACUCACUUGUGCAUUUUAUCAUAUGUUUUCUGUUCACUUGUCUUGUUGAUUUUUUACAGUUAUGUGUUUGGUCAGUUCAUUUUAAAUUGGUUGGAAAGCACUUUUAACUCAUUUGAAAGGUUACAUAUACAGUAUAUCUGACUGACUUAUUGCUUGGAUUUUUGCUUGUGUGAUUUCAUUUAACAAAACAUUUUAGAAAUUUAGAUAUUUUUAAUAACUACAGUUACAUAUAAUAAUUCAUAUCUACUGUAAUUAUGCAUUUGAGAUAAGGCUGCAAGUGUCAUUUUGCAUCCUGGUACUAGACCAGACUAAGACGAUGCAGACUGCAUUGUUAUUUUUGUGUUAUGCAUUCAUUUAUUAUUGCACUUUUAAUUGUUGACACUUUUCUUAAAAACGCACAUACAAAAGCGUUGCUGUCAGCGAGUUUAAAUAAAGGUUACUACACCUAAGGUACAGUUUAUGUCGGUGUAAGGGUGGGAACAAAAUGUCAAAUAUUUGCAUUAAUGAACCAUGAGUAUGCAAGUUGGGUAAAAGUUUAGUUUUUGUAUUUUUUUAAGGAAUAUUAUAUUAUAUAUUACUUAAAUUUUAAGGAAUUUACUUUGAUUUUGUCUAUAUGAAACCAACUUGCUGCAAUGUAUUAUGCAAUUUACUUUUAUUAUGACAAUAAAGGAGAUUUUACACAUUUAAAA